AACGACAUCAGAACUGAAACCAGACACCAAGUCAGCCGUCAGAAUUCACUUCUCUCCCUCAUAAUCCAAUAACGCAUUCUUUUCAGUAAAAGUUGCUGCCUCCAGGGAAGUGAAUAGGGCCUUCCAGUCCUGCUACCCACACCAUGACGACGCAGAGUGAAUGAUUUGAGUCACAUUCUCCCAUUACCUAUCGUCCACCACCUCCAUCCCUCACUUGAUAUCUGCCUCGCUGCACUUCGCCACCCUUUCUCUCCGGUUUAUAUCUUGACCCUCCCCUUCCUCUGACUUUCACAAAUUACCUUCUCCAUCAUCGACAUGGCGACCCCAGUCGACCCCCCCCAGCGCAUCCUCUCACCCGGCGAAGUCCUCCCCGAGGCCGCCGCCCCGCAGGAAGAGAAAUGGCGCGAAAACCUCAACAUCACCAUGAUGUGUCCGGAAUGCAAGGAGUUCCCCCCGAACAUCGUCGAGGAGUUCUCCGCCGGUGACCUGAUCUGCGGCAGCUGCGGUCUCGUCCUGCAAGAUCGCGUCGUCGACACCCGAUCCGAAUGGCGCACCUUCACGAACGACAACGACUCUCGCGGCGAAGACCCCAACCGUGUGGGAGAUGUGCGAUACAGCGAUGCACUGCUCGAAGGCGCGCAGCUGGAGACCGGGAUCGGCUCCGGUGAUCGCUCCGGACGAAGUCGCGAGCUGCAUCGCGCGCAGAACAAGGCGAUGGGUGAGAAAGGGACGACGAACCUGGCGGUGGCGUACCGCCAGAUUUCGGCGCUCUGCGAGUCGUGGCACAUCUCGCGGACCAUCUCGGACUCGUGCAAGCUGAUCUACAAGACGGUCGAGGAGAAGAAGGCGAUGAAGGGGAAGAAGAUGGACGCUGUCAUCGCGGCCUGUAUCUUCGUCGCCUGUCGCGCGAAUAACAACGGACGCAGUUUCAAGGAGAUCCACCGGUUGACGCGCGUGCCGAAGAAGGAGAUCGGGCGGACCUUCAAGGCUUUGGAGGCGUUCUUGAAGACCGAAGAUCCGACGCAGUUCAUGAGCACCAAAGGCGUGCAUGUCAAGACCGACGAAUCCCAAGCCACCGCCUACACGAAACCCGAUCAAGUCAUCCUUCGCUACUCCAGCCAACUGUCGCUGCCCGUUACCACGGCGAAUCUCGGGAUCACCCUCGUCGCGCAACUCAAUGCCAACAACGCGCUGGCCGGUCGCUCGCCGCUGUCGAUCGCUGCCGCGUCCAUCUACAUCGCCGCGUGCGUCACCAACGAGCCCCGCAGCCCCAAGGAGAUUGGUCUCGUCUGCGGCGUCUCGGACGGUACCAUCCGCGCGGCAUACAAGCUCAUCUACCAGGAGAAGGAGAAGAUCUUCGACGAGGCGUGGAGGAAGGAACACCCGACGAUGGAGCUGGAUAAGCUGCCGGUUGCUUAAUAUCCUUACCUUGUGAGAUUGAAUGUUAUUGGAGAAAGAGACUUACGGCUAUUAUUAGGAGCGCGUUUCUUCUAAAUUCGUGUUCCCCAAAUCUACUUUCUAUCCGCUGGACUAAUUGCACGGCGACUAGUCACGACGGGACAGGCCACUUCUCGGCGUUAUAUUUCAUGGAGGAUCAUGGGAUUGCGUAUUCGCAGAGGCCGGGCAUUUGCUAUGGUCUCCAGGAGACAUUCCAAGGCGUACCGGUAUGGUGGAUAGCAUCAAUGAAUGUAUUUAAGACAUGAGAGAUGCGCUCAUGGUAGCUUCGACUGAAACUUAUGAAGAAAAUAAAAACGAAUGAGUCAAAUAUCGCACAAGCUCGACUUUCCAA